GUCUCAUUCAGCGCCCCACUUCCAACAACGGUCCAUCAAGUGACUGACAGUCCGAAGGGACUCGCUCAGUUUUGAGGCCGAGUCAUGAGGGGAGAUGUAAUCAUCCGUGUUACUGGCCCACUUGCGGACAGCCUGCUCGGUACAUCUCACAUGAAAGACUAGGUUUCCAAAUCUAAUCUGCGUUUGACAUAUCCUGCGGACGACCUCCUCUAACCUCUGUACAAUGUCUUAUCGCUUGGCAACCAGAAGACUCAUCGUCAACGCGCAGUCUCGCUGCAAAGAUGUCGCAUUUGCUGAGUCUCCCAGCGGAACUCAUCGUGCAGAUUAUGUGCGAAUGCCCCGACAUCAGAUCACUGCUACAUGUCGCAUCCACAUGCCGAAGCAUGCAACAAGUCUGGCUUGACAACACCGCCAUCAUCGCUUGUUCAGUGUUGUCAUUCACAAUGUCGGAGCUAUUGGAAUAUGUGGAAAUAUUCGGGCUCCAGACAGACGCUAUGCCACAGCAAUCAUGUCAAAUACAGAGCCGUGAUCUCAAUCCAGAAAUCCGCACACAUCUGUCUUUCAUUGAGCGCUCAGCAUAUGCAGUCACAGCCAUUCGCGAGUCUCGUAUGACGAAAGUCGGCGAAGUUUCUCUGAACUCAUCCGAGACGAGCUUCCUCGCUCCCAACAACGGCCCACCAGAUGCCCGUCAAGGAUUUCUGAUCAUCCGACGACUUGUCACGGGUUAUGAUCACAUGUCCCUAUUGUCGAAGGCAUACGCUUUCUUGCAUGGCAUCCCAGUGGACCACAUUCAUGGAUUACUUGAUGUUGCUAGUGCACUCGAAGAACAUUGCGAGAGCCACUGGACACGCAUGGGUAUAGAGAGGCAGGAACCAGGACCGGCAUAUUGGCAGGACAAGUUGUUUCCAAAGAACAACUUCCUGCCCCUGUCGUGGGCGUUCGCGGUCCACGUGGUCGAGAUGGAAUGUAGCUGGCGCGGUGUUAACCGCGAGUUCCCAGUCGAAGAGGGAAUCCAGCGCGAAUACCAGUUUAUGCGCGAUGCAUUUGGCAGAGAGAGGAUGCUUGCCAUGUUCGGCGAAGAUAAGCCUCCUUGGACCGAGCGGAGAUGCACGAUCCGCAAGAAGUGGCUAGAGAAGCAUCCCACCGAGCCGGACAUGGGGAUGAUUGUAGGAAGUAGCAGGAGUGUUCACCUCAUGACAUCCGAUAGACUCUCCUACGUCAAGUAACAUACAACAGAAGUGCGAUCGAGGGGGGAGGUUCAGGAUGAUAUUGUCUUACGGGAUCGUGAAAACAUGUGUUCGGUGUCGUGUCGGCUGUCACGCUUUACUGUAGUCGAGAGGCAUAUGACUCACAAAACGUAUCACUAUCGAAUCGCUAUCAAAUGCGACCAGAAGCUAGUUGUCGCAUUUCUGCAAGAUUCGCGACGUGACAAAAUUCCGAACAACAGUCGUGAGAUGAC